AACAAAGGUGAAAGAAAUGAGAACCCAUUCAUUGGAUUAUAGCACAGAGCUUUAUCCAAACCCAGAUGGAGACAGAGUGAUCCCCAUUGGUGAGCAGUCAUGGCGACUCAAUGUGAACGACUUCAGGCUACCUCAGAGGACACCUGCUCAUCCUAAUGCUCUACCUUCUUGCCUCAAAAGCUUGAGCAAACGCCACAAGGUUGCAGAGUAUUAUAAGAAGCAAGAGGAGCUUCUUGAGGGGUUCAAUGAAAUGGAGACAGUCACAGAAUUAGGCUGUCUCCCCGGAUUAACAGAGGAACAAUCUAAGAAGUUGGCGAGGAGCGAGAGGACUGCAGUUCACAUAUCGAAUGCAGCGAAUGUGAUUCUUUUCACUGCAAAGAUUUACGCUUCGAUUGAAAGCAAGUCUUUGGCUGUUAUAGCAUCCACCCUGGACUCUCUCUUAGAUCUCUUAUCCGGCUUCAUUCUAUGGUUCACAUCAAAUGCCAUGAGAAAGCCCAACCAGUAUAGGUACCCCAUAGGAAAGAAGAGGAUGCAACCGGUGGGUAUUGUGGUUUUUGCUUCAAUUAUGGCUACCCUUGGCUUCCAAAUCUUAGUCGAGUCUAUUCGACAACUCCUUACAAAGGGGCACACAUCGUUUAAUGGGAAAACAGAGCAGUGGGUUAUUGGGAUAAUGGUUUCAGUGACUGGGGUGAAGCUGGCACUAACAAUCUAUUGUCGGAGGUUUAAGAAUGAGAUUGUCAGCGCCUAUGCCAAAGAUCACUUUUUUGAUGUCCUCACCAACUCAGUUGGCCUAAUCACUGCUGUUCUUGCCUCCCACUUCUUUUGGUGGAUUGAUCCUACCGGAGCUAUACUGAUAGCCCUCUACACGAUUGGGACAUGGGCAAAAACUGUGCUCGAGAAUGUUUCGGGGCUUGUUGGAAAAUCAGCACCACCUGAAUAUUUGCAAAAGCUAACCUAUCUUAUAUGGAAUCACGAUGAAGAAAUCAAGCAUAUAGACACUGUGCGUGCCUACACGUUUGGAUCCCAUUACUUUGUGGAGAUUGACAUAGUGCUACCAGGAGAUAUGCUCCUAAACCAAGCGCAUAACAUUGGAGAAACUCUACAGGAGAAGCUUGAACAACUAGCAGAAGUUGAGCGUGCUUUCGUGCAUGUUGAUUUUGAGUUUAGUCACAUACCAGAGCACAAUAGAAAGGGUUGA